AUGUCCAUAGGAGGACGAGUGAAUUCCAUGCAUCAACGACGCAGCUCGGCAAUGUCCACGUACCCGACGCUGUUGGAACCUGUAUGUCGACGACGGCAACUACCACCGACUCCGGUCUCCCCGAUCAGGAGAGCGAGCAGUCCGAGAAUGUUACCCACUCCUCCGCCAUUUUCCCCACUUAACAUAUCCCCAAUCCCAGCAGAAUUCAGAUGUCCAUCUGCUAAUAUGGAGCGGAGAUCCUCAGGUCGGAUACUGCCCCGACCACCAACGACAGCGGACUCGUCAAUCCCAAGCUCUAAUCACACUUCUCCAUCGCCAAUUCCAACCCCAGAACCCAUCCCCGAACUUCCGGUUGAGGUCGAUGCCGACGUUGAAGAAGCGCCCGAAUCGCCUGUGAUUCAGCGAUUCGGCGAUUUCACGUCGCUUGACCAUGACACCCCCGAUGGCACUCGAUCGCAGUCGUCAUCGCUCUCACCAUCCAUCGAACAGGUAGGCACUACUCCUCCACCGCUGUGUUCAUGA